CACACACCGCCCCCAGUUCACUCCAGCUUCAUCCCGCUGAGCCACAUCUACUGCCGACACAAACACACUCACUACAGCUCCUCUGCCAUGGCCUCUAUCUAGGGCUAGAUUAAUCGUCAAAGGAAAGUGGAGAAAGCGGAGGAGAUUGCCAAAGACGUCAAUCAGCACUCAAAAGCCAUAACAGAUCUGAGAUUAUAAUCUGAAAAGGACACAAACCACCGAUCCCGUAAGAAAGAGUGAGGAAAAGAAAACGAGUGAAUUUUCUUUACAAAAAAAAAAAAAAAAAAAGAGAGAGACUUCUGAACAGGAAUAAUGAGGAACGGCUGGAUGCUGCUCGCUCUUUCGGCACUUUGCCUUCUGGGGAAAGGGGUCCUAGUGACAGGGAAGCUUCCUGACUUCUACCUGGAUGAACAGCAGUCCGGUGAUUACUCUGUUGAAGAUGAUGAAAUCAACUCUGGCUCAGGAUCAGGUUUUAUUGACAACGAUGAUGAAGAUGUGCAGACAGUGAGGAAAAAGCAAAACAUAAAGCCCACUCAACAUUCCACCUAUACAAGCAGCCCAAGCUUGGAGAUCAACUCAUUUACUAUGUCAGGCACGCAAAUAGCUCCCACAGAUGCAGGAGAAAAGGUCACAGAGACGAAGAAACCCCAAGGCAGUGCUAGCAGUUCUCCAGAACAAGGAUCAGAAUCUGACAUACAUAAUGAGGUCCAGUCUGAAAAUCUCUUCCAGAGGACUGAAGUGCUAGCAGCUGUUAUAGCUGGCGGAGUGAUUGGCUUCCUGUUUGCGAUCUUCCUCAUUCUCUUAUUGGUGUACCGCAUGAGAAAGAAGGACGAGGGCAGCUAUGACCUGGGAGAGCGCAAGCUACCAAGUACAGCUUACCAGAAAGCCCCAACCAAGGAGUUCUAUGCCUAAUAGACUUCCACGUGACAUAUGAGAAACAUUUCCUCAGUGAUUAAAUACAAAAAAUCUGGAAUUAUAAAAGUCUGAGAAGGUUUUUAUUGGGAACUUAUUUAAUAACAAAGAAACAGUAUUUUUUGCUUCAUAAAGCCAAUCAGAUAUUAUGUUUUUAUUAUGGAUCUCAUGUGUUUUUUGAAAAAUUGUUGAAGAAAAUAGUGUAAUAUAAAACAAUAAAUGUCAUGAUUUGUUUCAUCCAUAGACUACUUUAUGACUAUAGAGGUACAUAUUUGUAUUUUUUAAAUAUACAAAGGGUCUGAAAUCUGGAUUGUAAAUGUAUUAUCUUUCAUGAUAUAAUAAUUACCCACAUUACAUAUCAGCAUCUCCAUAUUGUGAAUAUAGAUAUUAUUUUUAAUUUAGGUAUUAUAGAAAGUGUUGAUUUUUUUUUGUUUAUGAAUAAUUAUCAUUUUAAUUCUCUCUGUUAGGGCUUGUAAAUGUUGUACUGCCAACAAAAAUGUGUAUAUUUUGUCAAUUAGGUAUCAAAAUACAGGGAAAACAAUUUUCAAAAUGUCUUUUUUGUUCAGAUUUUUUAAACAAGCCAAGAACAAAUAAAUCCUGAACUCCCCAUCUCUCUCUCUCUCUCUCUCUCUCUCUCUCUCUCUCUCUCUCUCUCUCUCUCUCUCUCUCUCUUUUAUAUUGCCUUUCCUGUUAAACUAAACUCAUCGUAAAUCACUGCCAUAUUUCCUGGUGAUUUUUUUCCUUCUGGUUCUAAAGCACAGUUCUCAUGACAGUUAAAGAAAUAUAGAAUUUUCUUCUUUAAACAAUCUGAGUAUCAAUUUGUUUACCCAAAUAUAGUCCUUAUAAUCCUGUAUUACUCCUGUAUUAAUAUAAUGUACCAGGGACAUUUAAUACUGUCUACAUAUUUAUUAAACGCUUAUCUUGACCAAUAAACCAAGCCAAAACCAGUAGCACAUAAGUGCAUAAAUGUUCAGUAAUGAACCCUAAUCCUUCUAUUUCCAUGGUCAUCAAGGCUAAAUUAUUGGGAGGCUGGAAACUUUUUUAACUUCUCAGAAUCAGUCUGCAGAGCUAACCACACAUUAUUCUUCAGUCUGAUGUCUGUAUUUGUGUAGGAGUAGGUUGUUUACAUGCUUUAGUCAGAUUUGGUAACAAAUGCUAAUGUUAAAAUUGCAUCUUCUGAAAAUCGUUAAGUCUUAAUGCAGAGAGUUUUAGAGACUCAGACUGUUUAUUGAUCAAAAUUCCAUUAUGCUAGAAUGAUUAAACAGACAGCAUCCAUGUGUUAUCCAAAAUCACUGAGUAAUGACCAAAAAAGGCAGAGUGCUUCAGGAAAUAUGAAGAUUCCAAACAUAAGUGCACUUCAUUUACACAUUUUGUGUUUUUUAUACAUACUGUGUUUACACAUUUAAAAAUUUAAUUCUUGAUUCUUGAUGAAUGAAUUCUUGAUUCUUGUUAAGUAUUAAAACUUGUCAUUUUCCAAAGCCUGUUCUGAUUAUUAUCAUGAAGGCUCAUUAUCAUUUAAUUUCUUUUCCUAGUUACUUUUGCUUAAUUUCCUUUAAGUAUAUGGGCGUUUAAGUCAAUGAUUUAUUUGUAUAUGUUCAUUUACAAAUCAUAAUUUAUAAAUUACAGCUGUUUAUAAAUAACAUAUUAAGUGUAAUAUGUUAAAUAGAAAAUAAUCUAGCUAAAUAUAUGUUUCCAUUCAAAUGCCCUUGAAGUGCCUGCUGUUUUGAAAGAUUUUGGGGCAUUUAAAGACAUUUGUACAACAGAAUGAAGGAUGGCGUUUCCUAAGCAUGACUGAUAAUGGAAUAGUUAUGGAGUUAUAUAAAAAAAAACAGUGUUGUAAUAAACUCUACUGAAUUAA